ACCCUACCGGAGCGAGGAGGCGCCGCGCUCCCAGCCUAGGCCGCAAGGGGCGGUCCGGGCACGACGCCUCUCGGCCGGGCGCAGGCGCCACCGUGAGCCCGCGGCGGAGGGCUACCCGCCCGGCGACGGGCCUCCAUGCGCUGCCAGGUCUCGGUGUUGUAUUUCGCCCGGAGCGCGGAGCUGGCAGGGCUGCGGAGUGAGACCCUCUCGGUGCCACGCGAGAUCACCGCGCUCCAGCUCUGGGAGGAGAUCGUCAAGUUGCACCCCAGGCUUGCUGUCAUCCGGGAUCAAGUAGUUUUUGCUGUUAGGCAGGAGUACGUGCUUCUUGGAGAUCAGCUCCUGGUCCUGCAGCCUGGAGACGAGGUUGCCAUCAUCCCACCAAUUAGCGGAGGAUGAAUCUACCGAAGUUCUGUUAAGUCCAGAGAUGUUAUUGCAGUUCUGUCCCUCCAUAUUGAUACUCUUUUGAGAGAGCAUAACUUGUUUUUCCUGCUGCAGAAAACGUUGACCAGAAACCACAAGUUAGUGCACCAGUAAAUGAUUAA